AUGGACUUUGCCAACCCUGUUCUGAGCUCUGGGGACUUUGCCUUCAGAGAACUGAUACCGGGCGACUUCCUGUCGGCGCAGACUUCGCUGCCCAUCGUGGCCGUGCACGGCGGCGCCGCGCUCGUGCUCACGCCCAAGGAGAAGGGCUCCACCUUCCUGCAGCUCGGCUCCUCCACAGAGCAGCAGCUGCAGGUCAUUUUUGAGGUGCUGGAGGAGUACGACUGGACAUCCUUUGUGGCAGUGACCACGCGUGCCCCAGGCCAUCGGGCCUUCUUGUCAUACAUCGAGGUGCUGACUGAUGGCAGCCUGGUGGGCUGGGAGCAUCGAGGAGCGCUGACACUGGAUCCCGGGGCUGGUGAAGCCGUCCUGGGCGCACAGCUCCGGAGUGUCAGCGCGCAGAUCCGCCUGCUCUUCUGCGCCCGCGAGGAGGCAGAGCCUGUUUUCCGGGCAGCAGAAGAGGCUGGCCUCACUGGGCCUGGCUAUGUCUGGUUCAUGGUGGGACCUCAGCUGGCCGGAGGCGGGGGCUCCGGGGUCCCUGGGGAACCCCUUCUUCUGCCAGGAGGUGCCCCACUGCCUGCAGGGCUGUUUGCAGUGCGCUCUGCUGGCUGGCGUGACGACUUGGCACGUCGAGUGGCUGCUGGUGUGGCGGUGGUGGCCAGAGGUGCCCAAGCCCUGCUGCGAGACUAUGGCUUCCUGCCUGAACUGGGUCAUGAUUGCCGCGCCCAGAAUCGCACCCACCGUGGGGAGAGUCUGCACAGGUACUUCAUGAACAUCACCUGGGAUAACCGAGACUACUCCUUCAAUGAAGAUGGCUUUCUGGUGAACCCUUCACUGGUGGUCAUCUCCCUUACCAGGGACAGGACGUGGGAAGUGGUGGGCAGCUGGGAACAACAGACCCUCCGCCUCAAGUACCCACUAUGGUCCCGCUAUGGCCGCUUUCUGCAGCCAGUGGAUGACACACAGCACCUCACCGUGGCCACACUGGAGGAGAGACCUUUUGUCAUUGUGGAGCCAGCGGACCCCAUCAGCGGCACUUGCAUCAGAGACUCAGUCCCCUGCCGGACCCAGCUCAACCGUACCCACAGCCCUCCGCCUGACGCUCCCCGCCCGGAGAAGCGGUGCUGCAAGGGCUUCUGCAUUGACAUUCUGAAGAGGCUGGCGCACACCAUUGGCUUCAGCUAUGACCUCUACCUGGUCACCAAUGGCAAGCAUGGCAAGAAGAUCGAUGGAGUCUGGAACGGCAUGAUUGGUGAGGUGUUCUAUCAGCGUGCGGACAUGGCCAUCGGCUCUCUUACCAUCAAUGAGGAGCGGUCCGAGAUCGUGGACUUCUCCGUCCCCUUUGUAGAGACAGGCAUCAGCGUCAUGGUGGCACGCAGCAAUGGCACUGUGUCCCCCUCUGCCUUCCUCGAGCCCUACAGCCCCGCUGUGUGGGUGAUGAUGUUCGUCAUGUGCCUCACCGUGGUUGCCGUCACCGUUUUCAUCUUUGAGUACCUCAGUCCUGUGGGCUAUAACCGCAGCCUGGCCACGGGCAAACGCCCUGGUGGCUCGACCUUCACCAUUGGGAAAUCCAUCUGGCUGCUGUGGGCCCUGGUGUUCAACAACUCCGUGCCAGUGGAGAAUCCGCGGGGCACCACCAGCAAGAUCAUGGUUCUUGUGUGGGCCUUCUUUGCUGUCAUCUUCCUUGCCAGCUAUACAGCCAAUCUGGCUGCCUUCAUGAUCCAGGAGGAGUAUGUGGACACCGUGUCUGGGCUCAGUGACCGAAAGUUCCAGAGGCCCCAAGAGCAAUACCCACCCCUGAAGUUUGGGACGGUGCCCAACGGGUCCACGGAGAAGAAUAUCCGCAGCAACUACCCUGACAUGCACAGUUACAUGGUGCGCUACAACCAGCCGCGAGUGGAGGAGGCUCUCACACAGCUCAAGGCAGGGAAACUGGAUGCCUUCAUCUACGAUGCGGCAGUGCUCAACUACAUGGCCCGCAAGGAUGAGGGCUGCAAGCUGGUCACCAUCGGCUCCGGCAAGGUCUUCGCUACCACUGGUUAUGGCAUCGCCCUUCACAAGGGCUCCCGCUGGAAGAGACCCAUCGAC